AUAUUCGCAUGCCCAGUUCCCUGGAGGCAGUUGGAGUCGGGAGUAGAAUUCGAGGCAGUUUUCGAUUGAAUCUGAGAGAGUCGAGGGAGGAGGAAGAUCAGGGAGAUUCUGCCUGCAUUGUUAGCUUCGACACUCUUGAUCGAAUGUUUCUUUUUGCCCAAUUGCGCCCUUACUGUCGGUAGACCCAGGAAAUACUUGUCGGCGGUGCUUUGUGGCCAUGCUUCCACUUCCUUAUCGGUCUUCAAGUAGUGCCACGUCUGCCGGCCCGACUCGGCCAGAAGUCUCCAUCUGGAACGAUCGGUUUUCUCGCUGGAGGGAUCCAGGUCGCAUCUGUUGGCAUUUCCAUUGGCGAACCCGUUGGGCGCGCCGUCCGCCGCCUUCUCGGGGGACUGGCGUGUCCGCACCAUGGUCAAACAGCAACUUAUUCCACCCCGGACUUGUUAAAGGACAUUUUGCAUUGACACGCGGCGGUUAGGGAGAUGGUUGACGCGAAGUCUGCUGGUACUAAAUAAGGUUCCUCAUAACGUGGCACCCGGGAACUGACAAACUGGCGCCACUCGGAGUCUGGGGAAAUAAAUUCUACAAACGAUCGGAGGCGGUGGAGGACCGGACCAGAUCCGUUUAGCUCCCGUCAGUCAGGCCAGGAACGCAGCGUCAGGUACCACAACUACAGCCAGGGACUACAAAGGUAUUUGUAUACAUUUGCCUACAGCUGGGGGUUGGAGGCAGCGGCUGCUAUUACUGUUCUGUUCUGCACUGUUUGUACGGUAGAUCUCCGGGACCUGCGAGUGACAAGGCACCGGAAGAUCCCUGCGCCCUGGGGUGGAUAGUAGUGUCAUGCUUCCCUUUUCCCACCACCGACUCUGAUCGGUCCUGUCACUGUUGUGGAUCCGGUAAUGCAUUGUUCCCAAAGAAUUCGUCCAGAUGUGUCUUUGAACUCUGCCCAAAAGAAUCAUUAACACGGCUGCGAUGGCAAGCCAAACAUCAUGGCAGCCCGAUUCUAGCAGCCUUUUGGAAGAGCCAGUAACGACUGCUAGUAUUUCGCCAGAGAAGCAGAGAGUCUUGAGUUAUAUUGCAGACACAUUUAACAAUAUUCUACGCGACAUCAGAGCACGCCCAAGCGGUAGACCGGUCAUAAUCCUCAAGCGCAUCGUUGCGGUCCAACCCUACUAUGACCGUCCGGACUCGAUGCGUGUGAAAUGCCACAUUCAAAGCCGCGAGAUGCGUUACCACUUCCCCGGAAAGAAUGCAGAUGAGGCCUGGCGGUUUGCUUGCGUCGGCCGGAUCUUGGGAGAGAUAAACAGUGCAAUCAGAGCGGGGAUCACAAUCACCAAGAGAGACAUCUACUAUCGUGAUCCAAUGCUGUUCAAACAACAAGAAACAGUAGAUCGGUAUGUGGAUGACAUCGCACAUACAUGUCAAGUCACCAGAAGAGACCUGAACGUGUGCGCCAGCCCCAAGGGGCUUGUGGCAGGCCUGGGUGAUGGCUCCGGAGGUCAAGUACCUACCCAUAUCCCGGACCACAGAAACAUGUUCUCUGAGGCCUCUCAUAUCGCCUGGAUUCUCGUCAUUGAGAAGGAGGCAACGUUCAAUACCCUUGUGGAAAAGGCUUUUCACCAACAUCCGGUGCUUGGGCCGGGACUUCUUGUAACGGCUAAGGGAUACCCAGACCUAGCAACCCGCCACUUCCUACGCAAUCUGGCCGACCAUGCUCGGACACCCAUCCAGAUAUUUGGAUUGUUCGACUGGGAUCCCGAUGGAAUCCAGAUUCUGAAAUGCUACCUGUAUGGCUCAAAGAGGCUCGCACAAGAGCAUUGCUGCAUUCUUCCAGAAAUGAAAUGGAUUGGCAUCAGAGCUCAUGACAUUCAUAGACUGGACGGCGCUACUCAAGAGUCGCUGCCAUUGUCCAUGAGGGACAGGGCGCUCGCCAGAUCUAUGUUGGCUAGCGAGGAGUGGAGGGAUGAGCUGGGCGAGAUAUUGCCCGGAUUGCAGGAAGCCACAGUCGAGAUCCAAAGACUGCUCAUGCUGAAUCGGAAAGCCGAGAUUCAGAUCCUGGAUCAGGGGGGCGGCGGGUUUGAACAAUGGUUGGUCGGAAAGCUGAGGAACCGCCUGGUAGAGACGGUGUUCUGAUAGAACGUCGAGCGAAGGGCGACAUAAUCUGUGUUCAAAGACCCAGUGACCGCCUCACUCCCUGUCUAACCUUCUUUUCAAACUCUGGACGUCGCUCUCUCCACAUUUUUGCGGCUUCUACGUUGGCCGGGCUCUCAUCGUUGGGCUCGGCCAACAUGGACAUGACGGAUAUAAGUAUUUUCUCCACGCUCUGUAUAGGUGACCACCGCUCAGACGCACUCUCGUAGUGGUUCGGAUCGUCGCCAG